GGAGUAAGGAACUGAGUCUACGCAUUUUUCAGAUUCAUGACGGGAAGGGAGCAGGGCAAGUGGCCCCCGCAGGAAGAGAGCGGAACGAGUCAGCUAACGCUACUUCCCUAGCUGAACCGAUCAGCUAUCGCAAUCAAUUGAUGUCUUCAGAUGAGAUUUAAGCUAUCGCCGUGCAUUUAGUUGGUUUGAUUCGCCUGUGGUCGUCCAGAAAUCACCACCCGACACAAUGACAGACCCCGCGGUGGCCGACACUCGCCGGUUGAAUUCCAAGCCCCAGGACCUGACGGACGCUUACGGCCCCCCCAGCAAUUACCUGGAGAUAGACGUCAGUGAUCCACAGACCGUUGGUGUUGGACGGAACCGUUACACGAAUUACGAAGUCCGCAUGCGGACAAACCUUCCCAUUUUCAAACUGAAGGAAUCCUGUGUGAGAAGAAGAUACAGUGACUUUGAGUGGUUAAAGAUUGAGCUGGAAAGAGACAGCAAGAUUGUAGUACCGUCUCUGCCGGGCAAAGCCCUGAAGAGACAGUUGCCAUUCCGCGGCGAUGGAGGCCUUUUUGACGAGAUCUUCAUUGAGGAGAGGCGAUCGGGCCUAGAGCAGUUCAUCAACAGAAUUGCAGGUCAUCCCUUGGCCCAGAACGAGCGCUGUCUUCACAUGUUUCUGCAAGAGGAAGGCAUUGACCGUCACUACAUUCCUGGAAAAGUAUGAAUGAAGUAAGUUUGCUUUAUUUGAUCCUGUCUCAAGAGCUUUCUGGAAGUUAAAGGUGGCUGCAUGGGCACUGUAAAGACCAAAGGCGAUAGUUCACAAAUACUGAAGUAGGACAAUGAUAAUACCAUAUAUAAACUAUCACAGAAAUCUGACUGCAAACUGUCGCUCUGUGCUGCAAAUGGAAGAAUGUUCUGCAAGCCAGUUUUGCCUUACCCAUUAAUUAUCAAGCAUUACAAAACUGAAUGUGAAAUGUCAUUUGCAGUUGAAGGGUUUUAAUUGGUAAUGAGUGUACUAGAUUCAGCUGUUUCUUCAAAACUGGCUUUCAGAAGUUUCUCACUCCACCAGUAUCAGGCCACUACUAGUGUUUUGAGUUAUGUGAACUAUUGUUUCCUGGGGAUACGUACUGUACAUCACCAUUGACGAGCUCUUUGUGAAACAUUUCUAAUGCUGAUACAAUGUCAUUGUCAACCGCACUAAUCAUUGACUGCAUGGCAAAAUGUGCACGCUUUCUCUGCAAUAUAUUUGUCUCGGUGUCACCUCGCAAUUUCUUUUACUUGCCUGUGAUCACCAUCUUAUUGUUCAGUCUGUCGACUCAGAGCUUUAAUUCUGUUAAUUCUACAGACGUGGAUAUGUGUGAUAUUUCUUUCUGUGAAUAGUGUUAUAAUGUCGUGCCAUUACAUUAGUCAGUGCGUCAGUAGAUUUUGAGAUUCACAGCAAUGACCAAAUCCAUGUAAGCUUGAACAUGUCUCUAUAUUAUUGCUCAUGUCUGUCUCUUUCUUUCUCUCAUUGCAAAGACAAUACAGACUGCUGCACCUGCCCCAUGUACAUUUAUUUCGACAUCACGUCAUUAUAUAGCUGGUGGAAAUGUCAACGGUGUUGGAAAAACUAUUGUUCCUGGACAAAAAACUAAGAGAUCCAAUGUAUAAAUUGUUUGAUGUUGUGUCUUUAUUCAGUCAUUCCACAUACAAUAUGUACAUUAUUUUUGAUUCAGUAAUCGGUGAAAAAGAAAACAUGUUUCCAUAUAACCUUUUUUUUCAUAGCUAUAUAUAUUUUCUUUUUUUACAAUUGAUUAUGUUUUCUGAAUGUCUUUAAUCAAGUCUAAACUGAGGGUAAUUUCCUGCUUUGAUUAAUGUCUUCUUUUGCUAGUGGAGAUGUGAUUUUGAUGAUGACCUCCCAAAGUCGAGCAACAUGUAGCAUCUUGAAAAGGACAGUGACAUUUCGUUGCAGUCAAUAUUUCCCCCUGAGUUUUAUGUUCUGAACAUGCUCUUAGACAGGAUUGUUUCAUGAUUCAUUGUUUUAACUCUGCUGUUACAUCAUCAUGCCUACACUCUGGCUGUGUGUGGUCAAAUCAGCUGUUGGGAAUGUUAAGUUGGGUAAAAAACCAUAUCUAAGCACUGUGACAAGAGGUUCAUAAUAUGAACAAUAUUUCAUUGUUUAAAGGCGUAAUCAGCAUCUGGUUUAAUGAUCUGAAAUAAGGCUUUAUUCUGCAUUUAUUUGAUUUAGGCUUUAUUCUGCACUUCUUUUUUUUCUCGUGAGGUCUAUUAAUACAUAUUAUCAUUGCGGUUCCACUAUUGGUGACUUGGAACUUCCUUGUUAAUUCUGUCCUCCAAUUAAAUUCCCUGCUGCCUGCUGUUUCAUGUCUACAUGUGUCCUUUCCGUUUUAAAGAGGAGAAAUAGGAUCUGUAAAGCUCACCUUCCAGUUUGUGAUAAGUGUCACAUUGACUGUGACUAUGCGAGUCAGAUCAGAGAGUCAUGGGAGCUGGAUGAAUCAAGGCAGAUUGGCAAAUGACCUAAUUUAACAAGGAAAUGGGGGGAAAAGAGCACAAUGAGGUGCUCUUUUGGACUGUAAAGUAAGAGACUGGAAAUGACUGGUGUGGUGAUAUUGGGUUAUCUUUCACUUUGGAAACAUGCAUGGGCGUUCCCAGCCUAAUUAAACACUCCCUUUGACUUGAAGCAAAACUACAACACCCUCUACAAAACAACCUGUACUGAACAUGUAUUUAAAACCAGCUAAUCACAACCACUAGACUGGAGGUACUACUAAAUGGUUAGAUUCAUUUUUUCAUGUACAGAAUACCUAAGUAAGUGAAUUCUCUUCAGCCAGGAGAGACACACAUGUUUCCACUGUUAUCUAGCCAGGUUCCCUUGGGUUAAGGGGAAACAAGUGAGGAUAUAUGACCCUGAACACAUUACAUAUGGAUUCAUGAUGGCAGGCAGUGAUGGGUGAGAGUAAGCAGAAUAUUCAUUUUAUAUUUAUAAGGAUUGCUGAUGGUUGCAUACCACAUAUUUACAGCUCAUUUAUAUUAUAUUAUAAGUUGAUUUUUUUUUUUAAAUUUAUUUUGGAAGGAGCUCCUCAGACUUUUUUCAACAAUCAGAAGUUUUAAACAUAUCUCAAUGGACCUUGCUUGUCAUGUGCUGCACCAAAGCUCACUUUAAUAAAGCCGUACAGUGACACAGAUCUGUUCCUCGGUAAAGUGCAUCUUGAUAACACAACUGAAAACUAUUGACGACUAUUAUAAUAUAUAAUUGCUUCUGUUAAUUAAUUAAUUAUGCUGGGAACACCGUUGCAUUUUUCCAAAGUGAAACAUAACCCAAUCUCACCACAUUAGUCAUUUCCAUAGUCUCUUACUUCACAGUCUAAAAGUGACUCGCCAGUCAAGUAUUUCUAUUUUACAAUAUGAGGAUUUCAUUCCCUUUCUUUGUCAAAUAAUUGUAAACUGAAUAACUUUUUGGACUGUUGGUCAGAUAAAAUAAGCAAUUUUAUAUCUAAUAUUACAGAUUUGUAUUACUUUUGUUUUUUGUUUCUAUUGUAUAGUACUUUGUAACUUUGUUUUGAAAGGUGCUAUAUAAAUAAAGUUAUUAUCACUAAUUUGAAGACA